AAAUAAGGACCGCCAAAGACCCGAAUCCUUGUCAGUAGCUGCAGGAGCAGCAUCGAGUCAACAUAACGCCAUAGAGCCAUUAUUGGUGAUUUUGUAUAUUUUAGCAAAAGUAUAUUCCUGUUUCACGCUGUUUUCUCAUUAAUUGAACCAAUUGUCAUUAUCCUGGACAUCUUUCUUCUAUUUUUCAUUGUUUAUUUUUAUCAUCUGUUUGUGCAAAAAUUGGUAAAAAAGUGAAAAUGUUAGUGAAGUGAAAAGUGAGAUGUAGUUGAUGAAGAGAGAGUGAGAGAGAGAGAAAGAGUGGCUGGUGGAUACAGAAUCGAGGACAAUUGCCAAUGAGACGCCUUUAUGAGCCAAAUAAACUCCAGUGAGCGACAUAAUGUCGCAUACUUCAUCAUUAUCUCCUGUCUCUACCAUUUUCAGCACCUUUGCACCAUUUGGAGUCUUCCAGUGUCCAGUGGCGCCAUUGUGCUGGAUCGACCAUAUUUUGACGAUGUGUCAUCGAGAAAUGUGACAGCGGUUGUCGAUGAGACGGCCAUAUUGAAAUGUCGUGUGAGAAAUCGCGGAAAUAGAACGAUAUCGUGGAUGCGAAAACGAGAUCUUCACAUCCUAACCUCAAACACAUUCACUUACACCAGCGACCAGAGGUUCUCUGUGGAGCAUCUGGCUAACAGCGACGACUGGAAUUUGCGAAUUGAGUACGCCCAGCGUCGUGAUUCCGGCAUCUACGAAUGUCAAGUUAAUACUGAGCCCAAAAUCAACAUGGCCUUCCAUCUCGAUGUCACAGAUUUAAUGGCGGCAGCACGGGCCAAAAUUCUCGGAUCGGCUGAAGUCCAUGUGAAAAAGGGCAGCACAAUUUCACUGGCAUGUGCUGUCAAUGUCCAUGCUCCCUCAAUUGCCUGGCUGCACGAUUCGGCCGUUGUUGAUUUCGAUUCGGCGAGAGGGGGCAUUUCGUUGGAAACGGAAAAAACCGAUGCUGGCACGACGAGUCGCUUGAUGCUGACACGAGCAGCGCUACGUGACAGUGGCAAUUAUACUUGUCAGCCAGCUGGGGCUGUUAGUGCUUCAGUUGUUGUUCAUGUUCUCAAUGGCGAACAUCCAGCAGCCAUGCAGACCAGCAGCGCUAUGCCCUGCCCUUCCACCACAACUCUCUGCGUCCUGGGCGUUCUACUGCUAUCACUGGCGCCCCCAUAUCACACCAACGCCAUCUGGGUGCAAAUGGCAUCUUUUACCGCUCAAUAGAAACAACUCCACACACACACACACACGUCAUUUGACAAACAAAAAGUUAGAUUAAAAAGAAAUUAACAUUAAAAGAAAAUAAUUUAAAAUGAAAAA